CUUUCUUCUUUCUCCUUCUCUCUUUUUAUAUAAAUCAUCUCUUUAACAAUGGCUAAUGAACGUGAAGACAAAGUUUACAUGGCAAAGAUUGCCGAGCAAGCAGAACGUUACGAUGAAAUGGUCUCUUUUAUGAAGGACGUCGCAAAGAUGGGUAUCGAUUUAACAGUUGAAGAACGUAAUCUUUUAUCUGUCGCAUAUAAAAAUGUCAUCGGUGCUCGUCGUGCCUCAUGGAGAAUUGUUUCAUCUAUUGAACAAAAAGAAGAAAUGAAAGGUCAUGAGGCCCAAGUGUCCAAAAUCAAGCAAUACAGAGAAAAGAUUGAGUCAGAACUUUAUGAAGUUUGUGCUGAUAUCUUGAGUCUCUUGGAUGAACACUUGAUUCCAUCUGCAAAAGAAAGAGAAGUCCAAGUCUUUUACUACAAGAUGAAGGGUGACUAUCACCGCUAUGUUGCCGAAUAUGCUACUGGAAGUGCUCGUGAGGACGCUGCACAUGCUGCUCGUGAAGCCUACGAGAAUGCUACACAAAUUGCUCAAGCUGAGUUGGCUCCUACUCAUCCUAUUCGUUUGGGUCUCGCCUUGAACUACUCUGUCUUUUACUAUGAAAUUUACAACUCACCUGAUAAAGCUUGUCAUUUGGCUAAACAAGCCUUUGAUGAUGCCAUCGCUGAACUUGAUAACUUGAGCGAAGAGUCUUACAAGGAUUCUACCUUGAUCAUGCAAUUGUUAAGAGACAACUUGACUUUAUGGACAUCAGACCUUCAAGAAGCUAAUGACAAGGCUGAGGAAGCAAAAGGACCAACUGAUGCUUAAAUUAAUGAUU